AUGUGGUGGUUCCUCCGAAUCGUCGCCAGUGCCAUCUUCCUGCUGAGCAUAGUCCUCUCCAUACCUGUCGCCUUUGAUGUCGGCGGUAGGGACAGUGGACUGGCCUACAGUCUUGCCCUCUCCGCCUUCUACUUUGUCUACUCGACCAUCGCCGUCGUCACCCCCGCAAAGUCGCGCGUUCGCUGGGCCAUAUCCGUCAUCCUUCGCCUCUCCCAGUGGGUUGUCAUUCCCGGACUUUUGAUCUGGGCCCUCAGCCGCUUCGCCGUCGACGCUGGAGCUACCAACUGGGUGGAGCGGACGCUGCAAGGCAUCACCACUUCCAAGUCGACGUCAUGGGGCGAAUGGGUAUUUGGCGAGGGUGGUGUUAUUGAGACCAUAACCUUGGGCGGUUGGGAUAAGACGUUGAGGUACUCAAGUCCCGUUUUCCAGCUUCUCGAGGGAUUCUGCACGCUCCUUGUCAUUCAAGCUGCCGGACAGAUCACCAAAUGGCUCGUCAACAGAGGACGAAGCGACACUUGGAUUAUUAUCCUGCUCGUUAUCUCUGGUAGCGUGCUUGCGAGCGCCGUUUACUUUCUCUGGCGUGUCGCCCACUUCCCUUGGAUUGACAACUCGGAUGCCAUCUUGAUCGGUGUCACCAUGACUUCAGCCUUCUUCCUGGGCGCGUAUGGAAUUGGCAGCGGGCGCGGCAACCCUAUCGAGUCGUCCCUGCUUUUCGCAUACGUCGUCCUCUGCGUCUACCAGAUCUUCACCGAUUACCUCCCCUCGGAGUCCACCGAGGCGGAUCAACACCAGUCCUCACAGCCCGACUUCCCACCCUUGCCUCCGAUUAUCAUGGCGUCUUACUCGACUCUACUCCACAUGCUCGGCUCCCUUCCCCAUGCCGUCCACUCGUCUCUCAGUCUUCUCUACGCGGCGUUCCAGACCAUUACGCCUUCUGUCAUCAUUUCGCUCGCCUUCCGACUUCUUGUCUUUUACUGCGCUACACGCAUUAUUCCUGCCGUCCGUGAAUCGGGAGCCAGGGCUCUCAUGGAGGAACCGACUCUGGAAGAAUCAGACGCUGCCAACUGGCUCCUUGGGAUUAUCACCUACUUCUCGCCUUCGAUUCUCAUUGCCAUGUACACAAGCUUGCUUCUGCAACACUUCUCAACAAACGAUGGGCCAGAUGGAUGGACGCUGAGAGGAGGCGACCCCGGCGGCAACGUCUGGCGCUGGACGAACGUAGCAGCAACAAUGACCCUGUACGCAAUUGAGUUGUACUUGGGCAACGAGGAUCACGAUGGUGGUCUGACAAAUCACUGGAAGAUGGAUUGA